UUUUUAUUUAUUUCCUUUUUUUUUUAAAAAAAAAAAAAAAUUUUUACGCAAGAAAUUAAUUAAUUAAGCAAUGGAGAAUACAACCAAUUUAUUAAAACAAGUUAUAGAAGAGGGACACGUAAAAUUUCAUGCGUAUGAUGAAUUUUCAGAUAUAGAAGUAAUUGAGAGAGGAUCAUUAGGAGCUGUAUAUAAAGCAACGUGGAAUGAUCAUGGAAUGAUUGUUGCAUUAAAAAGUAAAUUCAUCAAAAAAGAAGGAAAUAGUAAAACUGAUACGCAACUCUUAGAUAAAUUUAUCAAUGAUAUGAAAUUGCAUAAGAAAGUUGAUUAUCAUCCUAAUAUAUUACAAUUUUAUGGAAUUAGUCAAGGUAUUAAAGUUUGAAGUUGUAAUUAUUUCGAUAGCCCUACGAUAUUUCUACUAAUAUAUUUAAUUAACCCCUCCUUUUUUAAAUACGUUUGAACGUAACAAUAGAACCAAACCUUAAUAAAUAUUUAUUAAUGAUGGAUUAUGCAGAUGGUGGAACACUUGGUCAUUAUUUAAGUAAAAAUUUUACAUCAUUAUCAUGG